GUCAUUAUUGCCAAUUGUCAUUUUUUACAACCAACAACAAACAUAUUUCAUUCUCAGAGAAUCAACAGGAUUACAAUCCCGACGUAUAUUGUAAAUUAUUUCAAUAAAAAUGACGCUAGAAACAGUUCCGAAAGAUUUAAGAGGUCUUCGUGCCUGCCUAGUAUGCUCGUUAAUAAAAUCUUUUGAUCAAUUUGAAAACGAAGGCUGCGACAAUUGCGAUGAAUUCUUACGAAUGAAAAACAAUCACGAUAACGUGUAUGACUGUACGAGUUCAAAUUUUGACGGAAUGAUCUCCCUAAUGAGUCCAGAAGAUAGCUGGGUGGCCAAAUGGCAGAGAAUUAAUCGGUUUUGUCGAGGGGUAUAUGCUAUAUCAGUAUCCGGCCGUUUACCUAAUAGUAUAAUUCGAGAAAUGAAGAGCCGUGGAAUAGUGUAUAAGAGCAGAGAUACCAGUCAAAGAUAAAUUUUAACUAUAAUUUUGAAUUAUAUCUCACCGUUUCUUCUAAUAAAUUUAAAAAACGAUUGUAUGAAUAUAGAAAAUCAUUUAUUCGAUAAUAACAUUACAAUAUUAAAAAUUUGCCAAAUAUUAUGUAACAAUACAGUUUCUUAAGAAAGGGAAGCACUGGUACAAUUUAUAAAAAUUGUGCGUGAUGUGAAAAAUAAACUAUGACAUGUUCAACAUUCAAAAAUUCGAUUUUUAAUUUUAGACCUAAAAAUAUGUCGAGAUAAGGCCACCUUCCACGUUUUAAUAAUUUACAAGUACUACAUCAGACAAAAAAUGAACAAAUGUGACGUGAACAAAACACUAGUUACGUUCACAACGAAACAUUAAUAUAUCGCAUCAUUAAUACUGCUACUAAUUCAAACAUCACAUUCGUUCAUUUUUUCAACAUUAUAACAAUUUUAAUAAACAGCUGCACCCUUCAGCGAUAAUACCCCUAUAAAAUCAUCCGACCCGUUUAAUUGCUAAUCCGUCUUGAAAUCCAGCUGCUCUGGAGUUCUCGGUUUCAGUUUCUUAGGGAAAACAAAAUCCAGAAAAUUUUUGCACAGCUCAAAGCCCACGAAACAAGCCGCAUUCGCCGGAAACGCUCGAAGCAGCACGGGAAUCAGUCCCUUAUAGAGAGCUGCAGGUCCUUCGGACUUUAUUAACUGUCUGAAGACAUCUCGGAUUCCUGUAUAAGUUCCUUCGGGAGCUGAAAUGUUAGCGAACGAUUAGCGAGAUUAAGAGAGAGUGGAAAAUUUAGAAAUCUACCUGUUUGUAACCUGCUUUUUAGCACAUCGGGAGGCAUUCCUAUCAACCAAUUGGCAGUACCGGCAGUUCCGCCAGCAAUGAUGGUUCCUAAAAUACUAGGCGACUCGCCGUUUUUGGUGAGGUAUUCCUUGAUAGCUUCGUACGUUAGGAAAUACAUUCCGCUAGCGGGAAUA